AUGCCGAAAGAUUUCGACCUUCCUCAGAAUCUCGACCUGUCUCCAAAAGAUGCGUCGAUGCGACGGGACCGGGCAAUUUCACGCCAGGAUGAGCACAGAUUAUUCCCUUCCUAUUCUACACGUCCGAGUCCGAAUGGAGUACCGAUAGUACCGGGGGAGACAUUCAAGAAAUCCCCAGGAGAGAUAUCUAAGAAAAGGAACCCGUUACAGAAUGUCAAGGGUGUGUUCAAACCAGUGGACAAGCUCUCUUCCAAAGGUCGAGAAAGCGGGCCAGUGCGCGCACGGGGAAUGCAGGGAAACCGCGCGGGAUUUCAGACAUUUUCUAGUGUCAAUAUUCCUCGUCCGCAGACCCUCUUAGAGCAUGACCUUUCGGAGAGGCCCGCGAAGCGCCGGCGUCGAGAUACUCAGAGCUCUCCAACCGAAAGAUACAUCGACCUUUCCGACGAUAACGAAACAGGGCAUUCUGUUAAUGAGUCGUCCUCGGUUGUUGGGAACGCCGCACCUCAAUCGCCCGGAUCAAGCCAACAAUCACUGAAAGCUCAUAAGUCAAAGCGAACCAAGCGCAACGCAGUUGAUGAAUAUCGACAGGUUGAAAAGAAUGUGAGAGUUACGGGGUCACAAGUUAGCCCCAAAUUAGGGGCCAAGAGAUUUCGCCAUCGCUUUUCCCCGGAAGAUGAACUUGAGCAGUGCUUCACUGAAAAUGCUGCCAGGGAAAGGCGCUUUUCAAUACCGAGUGUGAAGCAUGAGGUUCUUCAGAGCGUUGAGAUUCGUAAACCACGGGGAUUCGAUGUGGCCGGGAGUCCAUCCCUUCACGCUCAUCCAACGGAUGGACAACAACGAGACUCAGAAUCACGAGAAAGCCCAGAUGAAUUGCAAGGGGCUGCGACGGUGCAGCCCACCCCGGACUUUUCCAGCGAAUUUCGUAAGAAAGACGUCAGGGGCGGCAUAAACGCUGGGAAACAAGUGGCCCAAAAGGAGUCUUCACCAGCCGAUAUUCGACCGACUGACUUUGUCAGCUCGUCGCAUUCAGGGCAAGGAAAAUCCAAGCGCAAGAAUAACAGAUCUGGAAAACGUCCGAGCGCCGAUCGGUCUUUUCAAGCAACCUAUGUUCGGUUCGGUAGUAUCAUUGGACCAUCCUCGGGCAAUGAGAUUGUCGAGCUAUAUGCUGAUACAAACAAUGAGAUAAUCAAAAUGACCGGGCCCGACCCAGCGAGUUCGUUUCAGAUACCCUUCAGCAAAGUUUUCAGGAUUUCUCGAGGAGCCUCGCCAAGCUCUAAAGUUCGGCUCGCUCUCAGGGACGAAGAUACCAGUGAUCGAUCGGUGGAUAUAGAGCUCACAUCUUCUGAAGCCAAGGAGGACUUUUGCUCAUUGUUCACCGCCAGUCAUGUUAAAACCUUGGAGAAGGAUACUAAAUGGAUGGAUAAUGCUUUCAGAAAGAACAAAAAUAUGAAUACUCCACGGUAUCUGAACGGAAUCAAGAGAGCAUGCACUGAGAGGGCUCCCGAACAAGGUUCCGAGACCAUAGUUGAAGUACCGAAACGACCAAAGCUUUCAGCCUCAUUGCAAGACGACCACAAAACUAAGGCAAUUUCCCAAUCCGCCCCGACAGACUCAUCCUCAAAUCCUGGACUGGCGCAGAAAUCCCAAGAAACAACUUCCAAUGAAAUGACGAAAGCAAACUCAAUUGAAGCAGGUACUGGAGAGGGGGUGGAGAUACCAGUCAAGAAGUACGAAGGAGAGGCCACACCUUCCAGUCGUACAACAAGGUCCUCGUCGCGUCGUAUGCUACCGACAACAGUGGUAUCCGAUGAUGAAGAGGAAAACUCGCCUCAACAGAAAUGCGAAAAGAUUUCUCAGAAGUGGCACAAGCCACUUGUAUACCCGCGUUUUGGCAAGAAGAAAGCUGAAGUUGACGCUCAAGAUCUUGAACGACUGCGUGACAACGAGUUCUUAAACGACAACCUGAUCGGCUUUUACAUACGUUUCUUGGAGGAUCAUCUGGAACGAAACAACAAGGAAGUCUCAAAGAGAGUUUACUUCUUCAAUUCGUACUUUUUUGCAACCCUUACGAAUUUGCCGAGGGGUAAGCAGGGUAUCAAUUACGAAGGCGUUCAAAAAUGGACGAGAAAUGUCGACAUAUUCAGCUACGAUUAUAUCGUGGUUCCUAUCAACGAAGCAGCGCAUUGGUAUGUUGCGAUCAUAUGCAAUCUACCGAAACUUCCAGGCAUUGCCAAGGACGAGGUGGUGCUUGAUGAACCUGUGGAAGGCGGCACAGAGCCUUCAGCGCGACCGAAGCAUGACGAUCGGGAGAUUCCGAACACGCCGGAGGCCGUUGGGGAAAUACCUUCCGACAACGGAGAGACCGAAACUGCCGCUCGUUCUGCACCAAAUCCCGCAAAGGAGGAAUUAGCAAGGGAGUCGUUGGCUGCCAUGAGCUUGUUGGACCAAAAGGAGAUGAAGGACAUGGAGGAGCGGGAGGUACCUGCUUCUGACGACGAGUGGCCAGAAAAAGAGGAGAACCCCGUAUCCUCUCCCGCAAAGCUCUCGAGUCCUCCAAGAGAUACGGAGCGCUCUAAACAGGUCAAUUCUCAAAGUGCAAGUCAAUCCUCGGUCUCAGGAAGUCAAAAAUCACAGAAGCCAAAGAAAAAGCGCCUGGGCCCAAGAUAUGAUGUGUGGCAGCCGAUGAUCAUCACGUUUGACUCACUGAAUCUAUCACGCUCUCCCACCAUCAGCGUCCUGCGCAAUUAUCUCCAUGAAGAGGCCCAAUCCAAACGUGGCCUCGAGAUUGACACAACCUUGAUCAAGGGGAUGAAAGCUCAAGAAAUCCCUUUGCAGCCCAACUACUGGGAUUGUGGCCUCUAUCUGCUCGCAUAUGUGGAGAAAUUUGUACAGGAUCCGGACGCAUUUGUGACGAAAUUGCUACGAAAAGAGAUGAGAUCGGAGGAUGAUUGGCCUCCUCUAAGGUCAGGGCUUCUUCGUUCUCGGUUGCGGAAGUUUCUUGGCGAUUUGUAUGAUGAACAAGAGCAAUUGAGUCGUGAGAAGGCGGCUGAGAAGACUACCAUGGCGGACCGACAGCCAAUAUCCUAUCUCCUUGGAGUUUCUGAGGACAAAACCGAUCUUGCAGCUGAGAAUAUUAGGGAUGCAUCGGUAACGCGAUCUGAGAAGUCGUCAAGCAGAAAACCAGCACCCGAGAAGUCCGGUUUAGAGCCUGCUCAAAGGCAAAUACCAGGGGAGACGCGGUCCAUGGUUCGAAGCUCAUCGAGAGAUGAUACACCAGAUAGUAGGAUAAAAGCCAGAAGGUCACCUCUCCAGACGUUGGCAGCAAGUGCACCAGAGAGCACUACUCACAAGGAGGUUGUUGAAGUCCCUGACAGUCAAGAACAAGUCAAACCGAAGGAGGAUGUGACGUCGCCUCGUCUCCUUCACGUGGAAGAUUCUCAAGACGGACAAGCGCAAUCUAAGCCGCAGGUACCCAAAAUCAUUGAAGAAGACGCAGUACAAAUCCAAAUACCCCAUCAAUCGGCGGAGGACAGCAUUGUUGAGGUUCAAGUUCUUGGGACGCCUCCGCCGGGGUUGUCAACAGACAGACGGGAUGGUGUUCGAAGGAGCCCGAGGUCGUCGAAAAAAAGGGCUUGA